AAGUUUAGCUUAUGGUUAGUUAGAUAGUUAGACAUUAACCAAUUAUGAUUAAUGUUAUUAAUAACAGUUUUGUUUAGUCUGUCCAAAGGAAUGGAAGUCAAUGAGAGUCCUCAUUAGGACACCUGCACAGACGUGUGUAUGCACAAAUCAAAACAAACAAAAAAGUAACAAAGUAAAAUUCACACAUGAAUAAUCACAUUAUUAUGUCACUAUUGAAGGAAACAUACUGUUUUAUUAUUAUUGUUUAUUUGUUUUUAGUGUUUUAUUGUUUAUGCAUUAGGUCUCACAGGUACAACACUUUGUUUACGCUGUUGUUAUUCUUCUUAAAGUGCUUUAUAAAAAAAAGUUGUCUUUGUCUCCAAAAACAGAGUUGUUUCCUCCCAAGAAAAAAAAAAUCACCUUCCUUUUCCAAUUAGGCUAAUUAAGUGAAAUCAGAGCAGCCAAUCAGCGCCGCAAUCAGCCAAUCAAUCACAGCAACAACAGAGCUUUCACGUUUAUGACGCCGGUGUGUGUAUGUGUGUGUGUGAGUGUGUGAGUGUGUGGCUCGUGCAGCAGCAGCAGGGUGAAGAAGCUAGGUGGCCGCAGCAGCACAUGAAUGUGAGCGCAGACGCACGCGCUCUGAUCCUGGUUCCUGCGUAAAAAAAAAGAAAAAGAAAAAAAGCACUCGCGGAAGAAUCAGAGAGCUGCAGCCGAGAGGAGAGCACCGAGAGCCGGGAACCAGGAACCCAGGGAGCGAGGCAGCAGCAGCAGCACCAGCGCGCGCGCGCCAGAGGCUCCGAGGAUGAACGCGAACUAGAUGUGACUGUGCUCGAGAUUCUUAAUCUGGAUUAAUUUCGCUUUGGAGGAAAAAGAAGAAGAAGAAGGAAAAGGAGAAGGAGAGAGAUCCGGGAGCGGCGCGUAAAAGAGCCGAGCAGCGGAUGGCAGCUCUGGGAACAGACAAGGAGCUCAGUGACUUACUGGAUUUCAGCGCGAUGCGAAACAGCGAUUUGAAAAUGUUCCCAACAUCCAUGAUGUUUUCCCCUCCUGUUAGCAGUGGAAAGAACGGACCGACCUCUCUGGGGAGCGGACAUUUCUCCGGCUCAAAUAUGGAGGAGCGGUCGAGUGCAGGGUCGUGGCCCAGUGGAAGUCGUUCGUCUAAGAGUUAUGCAGAUGGGUCUCAGUACAUGGCGUCACAUGACAGCAUCUCACCGCCAUACACCAACUCCAGGCUAACAGGUAAAUCAGAGAGGAGUUCGUAUUCGUACGGCAGAGAGUCCAACCCACACUGUCACCAGUCUGGACUGGGAGGUGAACUGGGUCUGGGGAGUCCGGGCGCUGCGUCGCCCCCCAAGUCGGCCGCUCAGUAUUACCAACACUACGGCUCCAACCCGCGGAGGAGAACGCUGCCUAUGGACACGAUGGAGAUUCACACAAAAAAAGUACGGAAGGUCCCUCCCGGCUUGCCGUCCUCAGUGUACGCUCCAUCUGCCAGUACGGCCGACUACAACCGGGACUCGCCGGGUUAUCCCUCCUCCAAACCGCCCAGCGCCGGCUUCCCCAGCUCCUUCUUCAUGCCAGAUGGACACAGCGGCGAUCCCUGGAGCAGCAGUAGUAGCAGUAUGAGCCAGCAAGGCUACCACAGCAGCAUGUUGAGCGGAGGAAACUCCGCGCACGGCGCCGCUCAGAGCUCCUCCUACUGCGGCAUUCACCCUCAUGACAGAUUGAGCUACCCGUCGCACUCGUCUGCGGACAUCAGCUCCAGCCUUCCACCCAUGUCCAGCUUCCACCGGGGAGGUGGAGGAGGGGGAGGAGGAGGGGGAGGAGGAGGCGGAGGAGGAGGGGGCGGAGGGAGUGGAGGCGGGGCCAAUCACUACAGCACCGCCUCUUGUACAGCCCCCACAAACGGCACAGACAGCAGCAUCAUGGCUAACCGAGCACAGAGCGGAGCAGCCAGCAGCUCUCAGACGGGAGACGCCUUAGGGAAAGCACUCGCAUCGAUUUAUUCUCCAGAUCACACAAACAACAGCUUCUCGUCCAAUCCCUCCACACCUGUUGGUUCUCCACCUUCACUCACAGCUCCCAGCUCCGCUGUUUGGUCGAGGAACGGCGGACAAGGAGCGUCGUCGCCAAACUACGAAGCUCCGCUGCACUCUCUGCAAAGUCGUAUCGAGGACCGCCUGGAGCGCUUGGAUGACGCCAUCCAUGUACUGCGGAGCCACGCGGUGGGUCCGUCCACGGGUAUGACGGGCGGCCACGGCGACAUGCACAGUCUCAUCGGGGCCGCACACACGCAUAACGGCGCCAUGGGCGCACUGAGCAGCGGGUACGGGACAGGACUGCUGUCGGCCAACAGACACUCCCUCAUGGUGGGUUCUCACAGAGAAGACGGCGGUCUGCGUGGCGGACACUCGAUGGCGAGUCAGGUGCCGGUGCCUCAGCUGCCCGUUCAGUCAGCGACCUCGCCCGAUCUCAACCAGCCUGACCCUUACCGCGCUCUGUCCGGAGGCCUUCAGGGUCAGAGCACCUCCUCCGUCAGCUCCGAGAUCAAGUCUGAGGACGAGGGGGACGAGAACCUGCUGCAGGACUCCAAGCCCCUGGACACCAAGAAGGAGGACAUGGACAACAAGGACCUCAAAGCUCUUGAUAGGUCAAGAUCUAGCAACAACGACGACGAGGAUCUGACCCCCGAGCAGAAGAUGGAGCGAGAGCGGGAACGGAGGAUGGCCAACAACGCGCGGGAGCGUCUGCGCGUGCGCGACAUCAACGAGGCGUUCAAGGAGCUGGGCAGGAUGGUCCAACUGCACCUGAAGAGCGACAAACCUCAGACCAAGUUACUCAUCCUGCACCAGGCCGUCGCCGUCAUCCUCAGUCUGGAGCAACAAGUCCGAGAGAGAAACCUGAACCCUAAGGCAGCCUGUCUGAAGCGCCGCGAGGAGGAGAAGGUGACCGUGGCGUCGGACGGGACUCCGCUGUCACUGGCUGCCGCACACCACGCCGCCUCCGCCGCCAUGGGCGACGGGUCCAACCCCCUGGGACAAAUGUCUAAGGUGCCAGAGUUCAUCAAGAUGAUGAGCGACCACUUCCUCUGACGUCGUUUCCUUGACAACCCAGCAAUCAAACCUGUUAUUGCUUCAGCCUGACCAAUCAAAUCAGCCUUCUUUAUCUUUUCCUCCUUCUCCUCGUUUGUCGUCUACGAUCCUCUUCCUCCUUCCUCUUCGCCUUUUUGUCUCCCUCUUCCUGUCGAGAACACAAACUGCAGCGUCGCCAUCGGACGCUUUUCCGUCACUUUGCAUCAGCAGCAGCAGCAGCAGCAGCAGCAGCAGCCGAAGUGGAACUGGAGGCUGUUUUUGUGCAGAGACAUUUACAGAAAACAGUAAAACACGUUUUGUUUUUCACACAAAGUGACGGCAAUGGACAAAAAAGUCUGUGGAACCAUGUCGUUGAAGGAAUUCUCCUUGUGCUACUUGUUUUGUGAGCAUUCCCACUUUCAAAGAACAAAGGGUUCUAUAUACAUAUGCGAAAAGGGAAAAAAAAAUUGAUGAAAAUCUUGUUUUAAUAAAAAAGUGCAACUGGAUGCGGGCAGUGAGGAGGCUUAGGGACGUUCAGAACGGAACAAAAACAUAUCACAAAGUGUUUCAAGAGAUUUUUUUCCUUUUGUUUUUAAACGCAACAACAUUGCGCGGCGGUUGUUGGAGGCAGCCUCGGCGCAUCUCUGACUGAGCGGCAAUCUAACGCCACACUGUGGAUGAAGCUGUGCCUGAUCUCCUCUUGGAUGCAAACCAGUCGCAUAGAUACACACAGAGAAGCGAAGCUAACAAAGCUACCGUUAAAAAAAAAGGAAUGGUUGCCGGGAAAGUAUUGCAGGAGUAGGCUGCGUACUCGCACAUCCUCCACACAUCUUCAAGUACAAAAUUAGAAAUGAAUGAAGAAGAAGAAGUGAUGAGGAAGCAAAUGCUGGUGGUGGUCGCACUGUUUUUUGGGAGAUGCUUUUGGGUUCCUGAGUGAUCCGAACAAAAAUGAAGUUCACAAAUGCUUUUUGACUAUCAUAGAUACAUAGAAGUUAAAGUGGGGCUCAACAAUAAAAAAAAAAGGGGCAACUUUUCAUUCCCGCCAAAAUGUUUAGAUUGUAAAAGUGUUUAAAUCAGUAAUUUAUGGUUUUGUAUUUUUAUUAGUGCAUUGUGCCAGAUGUACUUUUUUGUCAGUCUUUAAAAGUGUAAGAAAGUUUUUAGUAUCAACGCAACCCUUUCGACGGUUGUACCCACGAGGCCCGAGCAUAUCUGCUGGGAGGUCGAGAGGAUCAAUCAAUCAUUGAACCAAUUAAUUGAUCAACCUCAGUUUUUUGAAGAUAGUGCAGUUCCAGGAGAAAGACAUAUGCAGUACCUCUGAAAGUGUACAUUCAAUCCCUUUCUUGACACUUCCAUCUGAUGUAGCCGAAGGUUUGUCGGAAACAAAAGAAAAGCUCCAGGACAAAUCCCCAAAUUGGAGAUGUUGGUCAGAUAUCCAGGCGAGUUUGAGACUCAGAACAAUGAAUGGGUAAGAAUAUGCACAGAUGAAUGGUUUGAUGGGCUGGACUGAGCACUGAAGUGAAUUCUAUUCCACAUUUAGCACAUUCCCUGACUUGUAGUCUACUUGAAUCAAGUGCUGCCGAUGCCCCAAAGGCCUGAACUGCAGGAGGUGGCGGGGGGGGGGAGUCAAAGAAGGGGUAAGGAUUGGGGCAGGGCCUCAAUCCAGAGGAAUUAUGGCUCAAAAAGGGGGAAAAAUGGAUAGAGAUUAAAAGUCUGAAUGUUUAGAUGGCGAUGACACUGCAGGAAAAGCAUGGGAACAAUCAUUGGGUGAGGGGGUGUAUCUUUUUCUGUUGGGUGGCCAAGCAGUGGUUCUCUUUGGGUGUCUCUUGGUCCAGUAACAACAUCUCAUCAAUUCCAGUUCCAUUUCUGAAAUUCUGACAUUCCAAUUUAAUCUGAACCCCAAUGGGAUUUCUGUAAGGUACCAGGAAUAGGUGGACUGGUAGGUUCUGGAAAACCAUAUGUCAGUAUGAGGGGAAAGUCCCAGUGGUGGACAAGGGGUUCCGGGUUAGGGUCUGGCAUUUGAUUAGCUAUCUGAUGUGCCCACAAAGUAGUCUACAUCUCAGACAGGACCAAUCCAGAAGCCUCACUAAUAAUAUUCCACUCUUGUACGUUGACGGACCCAGGUUUACCUGGUCGACGUUCUCUCGUUGUCUCUUUGUCACACAAACAGGACAUGGCAGGAUUAGUGACCAGGUGGGAGCACCAGAUUAAUGGCCCGUUUUUGUGGACUGAAGUCCCCCCUUUUCAUUCUUACCCCAGUUGGAACCCUCCUCAGUCCAGGCCAAUGUUGAAUCCCCAGUCUUUGUGCCGUCUUUAUUGCUGGCCCUAGCCUUAUUAGCCCUGAACGAGAGUCCUUGCCCCUCUCCCAGGUCUCUGGCCCCCACCCUUAGUGGUCCCACAGAUGCAAUUUGAACGUUCACUUCUACCAAUGUGCCUUUUUAGAGUUCAUAUCAUUCGAGUUACCAGAGGAGGACAUUUACCUGGUCUUUUAAUAGGAUGCAAGCUUAGGGAAACCUGUUCUUAGUCGUUAGGUUCUAUGCAGUCAGGUUUUUUACCAGACCUGGGAAUUUAAAAAAAGCUAAAAAGGAAAAAAAAGUAUUUUUUGGAUAAAAAAAAAACAAAAACAAAACUGUAUUUAAUGAACUGUACACUUAUAUGUAAGUAGACAGCGUGUUCUGGCUUGACGCCAAUGGGACAGACGCUUGAUUUAGCAAGUCGAGCCCCCCUGAUCGCAUCCCGGUCCCCGUCCCUCCACGUCCUCCAUAAUCCCCCGACCUCACUUUCCCAUUCCGAGUCCCAGCCCUGUUUCCAUGAUGAACAACGCGUCUCUUCUUGUAUUAUAGCUUAUCAGCUUUUUAUCAAUAUUUGAUCGGCUUGUCCGUAAGCCAAUGUAGUCUUCAGUACAAAGUGUGUGGUUGUAUGUUGUAAAACUAAAUUUUCUCCACUCUCUCUCUCUCUCUCUCUCUCUCUCUCUCUCUCUUUCUCUCUCUCUGUUUUUUAAGAACAAUCUUUUCUCUUAUUUUUCUUUGUCUGUUCUGGUUUACAUGUCUAAUUACAGAAAAUGUACAAACAACAAAACGAUAAAAAAAACAAAAAAAAAACAAUACAAUUCUCUAUCCAACAGCAUUGUUCUCUGUCGGUGGUCAUUUUUUUGACGUGGUUUAAAAUCCGACCCAAUCAACAGGAAGGCACGGAAACUGGAAAAA